CUAAAUGCAUUUCGAAAACUUGGCAAAAGGCUAUCAGACCUGACUCUCAUCAAUGACUUUGCUAGUAUUUAAAAGCAAUUACCUUUCUGUGCCUAUUUAGUGCUACAGGCUGUAAUUCCAAAUUAGACUCACUUUUAGUUGUAUCAUUUUACACAGUUGAUAUAUAAUUCAUUAUCUGAGACACCAGGGGAGGCAGUGAAGUGAAUUGUACACUGGUCAACUAUCUGGUGGAACCAUGUUUUCUAUUUUUUAACAGAUAUAACCAUAUUUAAGAUAAAACAAGGCAUAGUUUUGUGGCCGAUUCUCUUUAAAAAUAUGGAUUUGCUUUCUAAGGGUUCCAGGUGAUGUUUUUGGCACCCUAUUACUAUGUUUGCUGCUGCUACCAAGAGCUUUGUUAAACAAGUUGGAAAUGGAGGGAGAUUAGUUCCUGUUCCAAGCCUCAGUGAGGCUGACAAAUAUCAGCCUCUAAGUCUUGUGGUAAAAAAGAAGCGAUGUUUUCUGUUUCCCAGAUACAAAUUUACCUCAACACCUUUUACUCUGAAAGAUAUUCUAAUAGGAGACAGAGAAAUUUCAGCUGGUAUUUCAUCUUACCAAUUACUGAAUUAUGAAGACGAAUCAGAUGUCUCUCUCUAUGGAAGGCGUGGCAACCAUAUUGUGAAUGAUGUUGGAAUUAAUGUUGCUGGGUCAGAUUCCAUUGCAGUAAAAGCUUCAUUUGGUGUAGUAACCAAACAUGAAGUAGAAGUUACAACAUUACUCAAGGAAAUUACUACACGAAAAAUUAAUUUUGACCACAGCUUGAUACGUCAAUCCAGGAGCAACAGAAAGGCUGUGCUAUGUGUGGUUAUGGAAAGCAUUCGAACCACACGGCAGUGCUCACUGUCUGUGCAUGCUGGAAUUCGUGGGGAAGCCAUGAGGUUUCAUUUUAUGGAUGAACAGAAUCCCAAGGGAAGGGACAAAGCUAUUGUUUUUCCAGCACACACAACCAUAGCUUUCAGUGUUUUUGAACUCUUCAUUUAUUUGGAUGGUGCCUUUGACCUUUGUGUCACUUCAGUGUCAAAAGGAGGAUUUGAAAGGGAAGAGACGGCAACAUUCGCAGUGCUCUACAGAUUGAGAAAUAUACUUUUUGAAAGAAAUAGAAGGGUGAUGGAUGCCAUUUCUCGUUCACAACUUUACUUAGAUGAACUUUUCUCCGACUACUAUGACAAACCUCUCAGCAUGACUGAUAUUUCACUUAAGGAAGGGACUCAUAUUCGAGUUAACUUACUUAAUCACAACAUUCCAAAAGGACCUUGCAUACUCUGUGGAAUGGGGAACUUAAAAAGGGAGACAGUUUAUGGGUGCUUUCAGUGCUCUGUGGAUGGGCAAAAGUAUGUAAGACUUCAUGCAGUUCCCUGUUUCGAUAUUUGGCACAAGAGAAUGAAAUAA